UUUUUUUUUUGCCACUUUCUUUUUUUAAAUGUCUUUUGAUAUCAAUUGGAAUAAAUUAGAUGAUGAACUGGCUGGAUAUGUACUACAGUUUCUCAACCGUCAUUUUCAAACCAUCAAUAAACCUGCAUUUAUAGGUGAUAUACACGUUACAUCCUUUGACUGGGGAACAACUGCGCCUACAGUGGAAAUCAUUGAUAUUACAGACCCUUUCCCUGAAUUCUAUGAACCUGAAGAAACUGAAGAUGACAUGGAUCAAGAUACCCCUAAAAAACGAGAAGGUAAUCUUCCAGUAUCUGCCACAAAUACAACACCAACUACAACAUCCGCAACACCAGCACCAACCUCCACUUCCAAUUUAUCAACCAUGUCAUCAGCAACAGGUUUGCCCUUAUCGUCAUCUCCUACAAAUACAAGUGAUCCUUAUUUUGACUCUUUAGAAACUUCAAUCAAACAUCAUUACCCAGAUCGACCUACUUACCCCUGGUCACAACAACAACGUAUUCAACUUAUGCAUUCUUUUCAUCGUUCCCCCUUGGUAGCACCUCAACAUCCUUUCAACAAUACCAUGAAUCCUUCCAAUCGAAGUGCUAGCUAUUUUUCACCCGGACCUACUUCACCAACGACAAGCAGUACUUAUUUUGAUCAACGAUAUACGACUUCUCAGGGGGAUAUUCAGGAUUGGAUUGAUGAUGAAGAUAGAAGAAUGAGUUCAGCAGCUGCACCAACAUCAACGACAAACACAGGUACUCCACUAGUUCCACCAUCUUCAGAAACACUACCUUCACAAAAUCAACAACAAGAUCCUUCUUCAACUCAAAUGGACUUUCAAUCUCAUCUAUUGAUAUCUUACAAAGGGGACAUGAGUAUGACCAUUUUGACCGAACUACGUAUGAACUAUCCUAGCAUGGUGUUUAUGUCUUUACCAAUUCAACUUUGUGUCCGUAGUGUGGAAUUCGAAGCAACUGCUGUAGUAGCUUAUAUCCAAAGUAUGAAACGUGUUUGUGUAUCCAUGUUGGAGGCAGAUGAUGAAGAAAUCGUAUCUAUACGGGGAAAAAAUGCUGUGGGUUUGGAAAGUUUGUUAAGGCAAGUACAAAUCGAAUCGGUUGUUGGUGAUAAGCAAAAACAUGUAUUGAAAAACGUUGGCAAGAUUGAAAGAUUUAUUGUUGAUCAAUUACGUAAAAUACUGGAUGAUGAACUUGUGUUCCCAAGUUAUCAAUGUGUGGAAUUAGGAUAAUGUUUAGAUUAGAAUAUCGUAUUAUAGUUAGAAUAGUAUGUAAAUAGAAUAGUGUAAUGAAAUCUAAUAAAUUUUUUGUUUUGAUACUCUUUGAAAAAAAAAA